AGACACAGUGACAGGCACAUGGAGUGGACAUGGAUCACAGAGUGCUGAUUGUGCUGCUCUGGACCUCAGGAUUCUCCCCAGGUCUCCAGACAGAAGAACAUGAUGCUUUCAAAGUGAUUGAUGAUAUCCGGUUGGUGGGAGGAUCCAGCCGCUGUUCUGGUGAUCUAGAGGUGAAGCACCAGGGAGAUUGGAGAGGAGUGAGUGACCGUUACUGGGACCUGAAGUCAGCAGACAGAGUUUGUAGACGUUUCGACUGUGGUUCUGUGGUUCGGACUUCCUCAACAACACGUCUAUUUCAAUCUACAUUGAUGAUCCCACCUUCCUGUCUUAAGUCUGAAUCUAGACUGAAGAAAUGUUUAGAAGAAUGGUCUCCAAAUCAAAGUUUCCUUACCAUUUUGAAGAUCAUCUGCUCAGACUCUGUCAGGCUGGUGAAUGGGAAGAGUCUGUGUUCAGGCAGACUAGAGGUGAAGUCCAACCAGUCCAACCAGUCGUGGUCCUCAGUGUGUGAAGAUGACUUUGACCUGCAGGAUGCUGAGGUGGUCUGUAGGGAGCUUAGCUGUGGGGCUCCUUCAGUCCUCCAGGGGGCGCUCUAUGGAGACGUGGAGGCUCCAGUGUGGACCAAAGAGUUCCAGUGUGGAGGCCAUGAGUCUGCUCUCCUGGACUGUGACAGCUCAGACUCAGAUAGAAACACCUGCUCACCUGGCAAAGCUGUUGGACUCACCUGUUCAGAGCUCCAUAAUGUCCGGCUGGUGGGAGGAUCCAGUCGCUGUACUGGUGAACUGGAGAUGAAACAACGGGGAUACUGGAGACCAGUGGAUGACAGAGAGUCUGACUGGAAUCUAAAGACAGCAGAUGAAGUGUGUAGAAAACUGGACUGUGGCUCUGCUGUUUCAACAGGGUGGAGAGAGAGUGACCUUGACAAACGUAUAUGGUGGAUUAGAUCAACUUGUCUUCAGUCCAAGUCUGCAGUUAGGGAGUGUAUAUUGACACACUCUGACACUUCCCGUUCCAACCUGGAGAUCAACUGUUCAGAAUCCGUCAGGCUGGUGAAUGGGAAGAGUCUGUGUUCAGGCAGACUGGAGGUGAAGUCCAACCAGUCCAACCAGUCGUGGUCCUCAGUGUGUGAAGAUGACUUUGACCUGCAGGAUGCUGAGGUGGUCUGUAGGGAGCUUGGCUGUGGGGCUCCUUCAGUCCUCCAGGGGGCGCUCUAUGGAGACGUGGAGGCUCCAGUGUGGACCAAAGAGUUCCAGUGUGGAGGCCAUGAGUCUGCUCUCCUGGACUGUGACAGCUCAGACUCAGAUAGAAACACCUGCUCACCUGGCAAAGCUGUUGGACUCACCUGCUCAGAGCCUGAUGACGUCCGGUUGGUUGGAGGAGCCAGUCGUUGUGUCGGUACGCUAGAGAUGAAACACAAGGGAGAAUGGAGACCAGUGGCUGAUGACUUCUUCUAUAAGUGGGACCUGAUGUCUGCAGCUGUUGUGUGCAAACAGCUGGACUGUGGUUCUGUUCUUUCAACAGGAAGAAGAGAUGAUUCGUACCAACGACAUGCAUGGAUGAUCAGUUCUUCCUGUGGUCAGUCUGAGUCUUCAAUCAGGGAAUGUGUAUCAAUACGGCCUGGUUAUCCCUUUGACGUUCUGAAGGUCACCUGCUCAGACUCUAUCAGGCUGGUGAAUGGGAAGAGUCUGUGUUCAGGCAGACUGGAGGUGAAGUCUCACCAGUCCAGCCAGUCGUGGUCCUCAGCGUGUGAAGAUGACUUUGACCUGCAGGAUGCUGAGGUGGUCUGUAGGGAGCUUGGCUGUGGGGCUCCUUCAGUCCUCCAGGGGGCGCUCUAUGGAGACGUGGAGGCUCCAGUGUGGACCAAAGAGUUCCAGUGUGGAGGCCAUGAGUCUGCUCUCCUGGACUGUGACAGCUCAGACUCAGAUAGAAACACCUGCUCACCUGGCAAAGCUGUUGGACUCACCUGCUCAGAGCCUGAUGAUAUCAGGUUGUUAGGAGGAUCCAGUCGCUGUGAUGGUACGCCAGAGAUGAAACAACAUGGAGAGUGGAGACCAAUGGUUGACUGGGACUCUGAAUGGGACCUGAAGGUAGCAGCUGCAGCGUGUAAUCGACUGGACUGUGGUUCUGCUGUUUCAACAAACAUAAACACCAAUUCUUCAUGGACGGAUCUGUGGGGGAUCCGGCCUUCUUGUGUUGAGUCUCAUUUGAUGCUACGGGAGUGUUUAAGGAUAUCUAGUUACUCUGGAAGAUUCAACAGCCUGGAGGUGAUCUGCUCAGAUAUCCUGACUCAGCCAAACAUCUCCUUCGCUACCUUCAUUGACGGGGUUUCUGAGGCCAAUCAGCAGGGGCUUCAGGUGCUCAUGGGCUCCAGCUUCACCAUCAGCUGCUCCAUCCUGCCACAGUACCCAGGAGGCUCCUUCCAGCUUAUUCUGACCACCUCAGCUACAUCACAGAACCACACCCUGCCAGCUGUCAAUCACUCUGCCCACUUCCUGUUCUCUGCUGCAGAGCCCGCCCAGCGAGGGGAGUACCGCUGUGUUUAUCACCUCUAUGUUUUCUCCUAUAACUUCUCAUCUGAGAGCCAGCCGCUCCAUCUCACUGUCUCAGCCUCUGUAACAGAUCUGACCAUCAGACUGGUUGUCCUCCUGGUGCUGAUGGUGCUGAUGGUGGGGUCCAAUGCUGCCGUGUAUUGCUACUGCAAGGCCCCCAGAGGACAGAAACCAAGACGAGAGGACAACAUGGAGCUGGAUCACCUCGGUGGUGCUGGUGACUUGCUGGGUGAAGAGGCAGGAGCCCAGGGGACAGAGUAGGAUCAUCCAGAUGGACGGCUCAGCUCUCACACAACAGUCACAUCAGAGCAGCGUUCUGUAAUUGAUUCUAAACAUGAUGCAGUGAGGACAAUGGGACAUUUUGUUGUAUUAUAUAUAAUCUGCUGAGUGAACUGUUGCAGCAUCAUAUAAUCUGCAGAGCCAGGCAAAGAAAAACUGUGUUCCUCAUCCUCUAUAAGAGUGAUGAAUACUACAGUUAAGAGACGAGGGCUAGGGUAAAGUGUUAGCAUGCCUUAUUCAUGAUUAACAAGUACUGUCACAGUACAUAAAGUGGUGUUUUUCAUUAUUAUAUUCUUUGCAUGAUGAAAACAAGAUGACGUUCUAUCAGUUAAGAAAGCUAAUGAUAAGUAUAUUGUUGUUAAUGUUUUGAAGGAAGCUCAUUACAUUAACCAUGAGGAAUACUUUGAUGCUUCUGUCUGUGGUUUCUGUCUUUUGCUUAAAAUAACUGUCAGAUAUAAUUUUAAUACUACUGAGUUUUCAGAGAAAUCUAUGAAGAAUUUAAGAGCUAAAAUAAUCAACUUAAUGUGUAAAUAGUUAGGAGUCGAUGGCUUUGAAGCCACUAAAACCAAAUUACAAACAUAAUGUGUUGUUAAUGUUUCUGAACUGUUAAAUAAUGAGCUUUUUAAAAUGCAUCACAAUAAAUGAAGCUUGCAUCGAC